UUCUUAAAGGGUCAAAUUUCAAACAAGCGUUCAUAUAACAGCAGGCAGCAUCUAGGAUUCUAGUUUCUAGAUAGUUCGCCAUUCUCUGAUUCUCUCUCCUUCUUUAUCCUUCUUCAAAGACCUUUUCCGAGCAGAAAUUCGUAGGAUCAAGCAAUAUGAGCAGACAUCCCACCCUAAAGUGGGCCCAGAGGGGUGAUUUGCUUUAUAUCACCAUUGAUCUACCCGAUGCUAAAGCUGUGAACCUCAAACUCGAGCCAGAAGGAAAGUUUUACUUCUCUGCAACAAGUGGAGCUGACAAUAUACCUUAUGAAAUUGACAUCAACCUUUAUGACAAUGUGAAUGUGGACGAAAGCAAGGCUAGUGUUGGGUCAAGAAAUAUUGUUUACAUUGUAAAGAAGGAAGAGAGUAAAUGGUGGAGCAGACUUUUGAAGCAAGAGGGAAGAACACCCACUUUCAUCAAAGUUGACUGGAAUAAAUGGGUGGAUGAAGAUGAACAGGAUGACAAAGCUGGACCUGAUAUGGACUAUGAUGAUGUUAAUUUCUCGAGUCUAAAUUUGGGUGGUGGUGGUGGUGGAGAAGAAGAAGAAGAAGAUUUUGAUGAUGAAGACGAAGAUGAGAGUGACACAGCCACAGAAGAAGAAAAAGAGGAAGAAACUAUUAAUGCCAGCAGCCAAGUUGAAGCAAAAGCAAAAGCUUGAAGUGUGGUAUAUUUAUUGCUUCUUUAACAAAUAGAUAGUGGCUUCUCAUUUGUGUUUGAAUCAUGGUGCUACUUUGGGAUUAAAUGUUACAAGAGUUGCUAUGAAAGUGUUGUUGGAAAA